AUGGGUAAACAAAACAGCAAACUAAAACCUGAGGUCUUAGAGGAUUUAAAACAGAACACAGAAUUUUCGGAUGCAGAAAUUCAGGAAUGGUACAAAGGUUUCCUCAAAGAUUGUCCUAGUGGCCAUCUGUCAGUAGAAGAGUUCAAAAAAAUAUAUGGGAAUUUUUUCCCAUAUGGAGAUGCUAGUAAGUUUGCAGAGCACGUGUUCCGUACAUUUGACGCAAACGGGGACGGUACUAUAGAUUUUCGGGAGUUCUUAUGCGCUUUGAGCGUGACCUCCCGUGGAAAACUCGAACAAAAACUCAAGUGGGCUUUCUCCAUGUACGACCUAGAUGGUAAUGGAUACAUCUCCAGGCAGGAGAUGCUAGAAAUUGUUACUGCCAUUUACAAAAUGGUUGGGUCCGUAAUGAAGAUGCCGGAAGACGAGUCGACGCCAGAGAAACGUACCGAUAAAAUAUUCCGUCAAAUGGACAGAAACAAGGAUGGAAAGCUUUCCCUCGAAGAGUUCAUAGAGGGAGCCAAGAGCGACCCAUCCAUUGUGCGACUUCUGCAAUGCGAUCCCCAAUCUCAG